AUUGUUUUAUUUGUAAACAAUUGCAGAAAGUUUGUAAAUUCAUAGUCAAUAUAUGAACACUUUAGAAAACAUAACCGUGCACUAAACCACCAUUAAACCUCCAACACUAUAAAAGUCAUAAAAAUCAGUUUGUAGGAUAAACAAAAUGUUUAAAGAUCCAAGCCCAAAGUUGAGCCCCCACCAGCGGCCCCAAGUGUGGAAGAGAUGCUGGAGGACUUGGAAACCUUUGAGGUCAAUCAGCCGCCCAUAAGUGGCUCUACUUUUGAUUUGGAGCACGUCCUUCUCACAGAACCAGAGAAUCUAACUCUUCCAGCUUGGUGGCAGAUAUUCGACGAAUACGAUCAGAAGGUCAAGAAACUCUCGGCCACCGAGGGACACCUGGAAGACCAAAGAAAUAAACUAAAAGAAUGCUAUGCUAAGUUGGAAAAGAAUGCCGACAAAUUGAGGGAGGGCAUCCAAAAGCAACAGGCCCUAGCCAAGGAAGCUCUUAAAAGUUAACAUAAGAUCAUUGAUUUUUGUUUGUCAUUGUAACCAUUUGACUUUUAAUAUUUAAACUAAAGGUCUUUAUAAAUAAGUCUUUGAAGCGUG